AUUUGUUUUAUUGUAUUUUUUUUUACUGUUUCCAGAAUACACAGGUUUCGAACAAGGCUUGGACUUGUACCACAAUGAUCAUUCAAAUGACUUUGACUGGGUCGUCACAACGCCUUCUGAUCCGGACUUUUCACGAUUCUUACCAACUGUUGAUCUCUCGUUACACACUGCAAAAGGUCACUUGGCUGUGGCGGUCUUGCCGUCCGGACAAAGCGACGGACUAAAGGCGGAGUUGUGGAGUCCGAUCUUCCCUGCCAGGAGAGAUGGUUGCGUGUCCUUCAACUUCUUUUUCACCGGCCUUGACCCUGGCACUCUGGACGUCGCUCUCGUGUCUUUCCUGGAAGACAAGCGUUUCGCAGUCUGGAGUUACAGUCCCAGAGGAAGGGGAUCAAACUCUGGCUCUGCAGGCAAGGGCAGCGUUCCAGUUUCAUACAGUGAUAACUUCUACAUUGUGUUUUCUGCCACUCUCGGUACCAAUGGAAGCUGGGCUUUGGAUGACAUCACACUGAGCUACUCUGGUUGCAGUGUGAGCCCGCUAGAAGCGUCAGGACAGACGUUGCCACCACUUCCAACAGUAACCACGACCUCCGCUCCUGUCACACAAGCAAUGGUGUCCAUCGACUGUCCCUUCGACUUGGGCACAUGCAGCUGGUCACAAGGUUACGGAGACGCUUACGACUGGGCGAUAGUAGAUGAGGGUCAGGGGUCAUCAGAUGGCUCGGGCACCAACUCUGCGAUAGGAGCUGUUACUGCAAAGAAGUGGUUAUCAAGGAGCAGGCUGGGUGAAGUCGGAAGUCGGCUUCUCUUCUAACGGAGUUUUCAGUGUGAAUUUUCGAGGGAAGAGCAGCGGGGUAGCAGUAAUAUUGCUGGACGACGUCAGCCUCACAACCGGGGAGUGCGAUACUAGAGGUGAGAAGACGUGUACACGACAGCAUAUCGUCGGCCACCCUGUUCAGAUGUCUAGAAAGCACAGAAAACAAGUGUUCAGAAGAGAGAAAUAUUUUUUUCAACGUAGAAUGGGAAUUACAACCAAAUAUCUUGAGAACGUGCAACCAAUACCACGCAUUAAGAAACUACACAAAAAAGUUAACAGUGUUGGGCUUAAUACAUCUGAACACCAGGCCGACGAUACACUGUACUAUAUUUGCUAAAAUACGGAUGUUUUCAGUG